AUGUCCACAAAGAAGGAAUCCCAGGAACGUUUUCUUGGAAAAAGCCUAGAUCCUAUCUGGUUACAAAAAUACAGAGUGGCUGGGGCUUUCUCCUGUGCUGGUCCCAUAGCUCCUGGAGGAGUAUCGUUAAUUGUCCCACAACCCAACAUCAACACAACAGUGGCACAAAACAUCUUGCUCUCCGUUGAAUACUCUUGCAGAGGCGUCGCCACCAUUGAGUGGAAGCACGUGUCAAGCUGGGGCACCACCAAAAUUGUUGAGUGGAAAAGUGGGAAUUAUGUCAACAUAUCCUCGAUGUACAAGGACAGAGUGACUACCUUUGAAAAUGGCUCUAUACAGCUUCUGAACAUGGGCAUGAGAGAUGCUGGCUACUAUUUUAUCACUGUAACGGAGGAGUAUGGAACCAGCACCUAUGGCACCAUCAUAGUCAAUGUUUACGAGAUUAUCUAUGAAGAUUUACAUUUUGUAGCAGUUCUCUUUGCAUUUCUUGCUGCUGUAUCUGCCAUUUUGAUCUGCUUCAUGUGGCUGUGUAAUAAAUCUCUGCAUCUAUUUCAGAAGAAGACGCCACACAAACUAACAGCAAGUACAACCGAAGAGAUUGAAUUGGAAACCAUUGAGUGUUAG